AUGAUGGAUAUGUCUUCAACUCCAAUUUAUGGAAGCUUGAAGAGAUACUGGAGGAGGAGAUCAUAUCGUCGACUUGAUGUGAAGAAGAAGAACACGAAGGUGUUGAGGUUGGGAGGGAAGAGUAGUAGUAGUAGUAGAAGACGUUCAUGGAGGGUAAGCGUAUUAAUACCGAAGCUGCAACUGAAAAUAAUAAAGUAUCCGAUGAAGAUGUGGAGAAAGUUUAAAGAUGGUUACAUAAAUAUGAUGCUUGGUUUUGCAGACAACGUGGGUGGUGGCUACUCAUACAACAGUACUGUUUUCGGCGGAAAGAGGAUUCCAAGAAGCCGACCUAUUUCACAGAUUUCUAAGUAUGAUAGUAAUGAAUUUGAUAAGAGAAUGCUUCUUCACAUCUACAACUCACUUGUUGCUUCUCGUGAAUUGGUUACUUCUGCUUAA